GAAAAGACGCUUGGCGAUGACGUAAACUCUCCGCGACUCAUAACCGGUGGCAAACUAACCCGAAACAAACGUGACUUUCUGUGAAUCAAUCGUGUUUAUUUAUUAAUUUGGUGACAGAGUGAAUAUUUUGUAUUUUAAUCCAACAUGAGUUCGUCAAUGCCGCAGAAGCGUUACUACAGACAGCGAGCCCAUUCAAACCCGAUGGCAUACCACACGUUUGAUUAUCCUGUGUGUCCCGAGGAGAUGGACUGGUCCGAGCAGUAUGCUGGCUUCUUCACUGACAACCCCUCUGAGACACAGACCCCCCGAGUUGAGUUUGCUGACAUUGGUUGUGGAUACGGCGGGCUUUUGGUGGAGUUAUCGCCGCUUUUCCCAGACAAACUCAUGCUUGGCAUGGAGAUCCGAGUGAAAGUGUCCGAUUAUGUUCAGGAUCGUAUCCGAUCCCUGCGUGCCUCAGAGCCAGGAAGCUACCAGAACAUCGCCUGCAUUCGUGGCAAUGCGAUGAAGUACCUCCCCAACUACUUCUCUAAAGCACAGCUCAGUAAGAUGUUCUUCCUCUUCCCUGACCCUCACUUCAAGAAGACCAAGCACAAGUGGAGGAUUAUUAGUCCCACAUUGUUGGCAGAGUACGCCUACACGCUGAGAGUCGGGGGUUUGGUGUACACCAUGACAGAUGUGGAGGAAGUGCACCUCUGGAUGGUGAAGCACUUCACUGAACAUCCACUGUUUACACGGGUCCCUGAGGAAGAACUGGUCGGUGAUGUCAUCAUAAGUCGUUUGGGUACCUGCACAGAGGAAGGAAAGAAAGUGCAGAGAAAUGGAGGGAAGAAUUUCCUCGCAGUCUUCCGGAGGAUUGAAGAUUUAAACUAAGACCAAACAGUUUGGACAUGCAAUGAACUCAAUUAAUGAUCUUAUGCCGUCAUCUGCACAUGCAGGGUAAUACGGCUCUGUGGAUCUGGAGGCUGUGGCUUGUUCCCCGGCACAUGAACAGCGAUGUUUUGUUUAGUUUCUUCUGUUAUUAAUGGGCAAACAUUUACAUUAUAACCCAACACAGGGUUUGAGUUUCUUUUACCACAUAAUUUAUGUAUAUCAUUCCUUAGCGCUCAAAAGACGGCACAAGAGAAGUAAAUCAUAAAAGCAUCUGUUCAGACUAGACUUGUGUUUCGUAUCGCUUUAAAAAAAAAGAUUUUUUAUUGAUUCGCUUCAGUUUAUUGCCGAAGUGGUGUUUUGGAUUUCCUGUAAAGCUGUAAAUUCUUUAAGUAAAACAAAAAAACAAA